UAGACUAAAACCAGCCAUAAGUCAACCGUGAAUAUGGCGCCGAGCAGACCAACCGACCCGGAGCCGGCGAUGGACGUGAUCGCUUUCAUCGUCUUGGGCCUGCAGAUUGCCGCGGAGACGAUCAUGUUCUUAGCUUUUGGUCCUGUCGUUGUGUUCGCCAUCUUCACGACGGCGCUAGCGUCAGUUGGCCUCGCCGUCUGGGUCCUCUACGUCUACGCCGAGGUACUCGUCACUACCAUAUACGAAUGGCUCCACGACUGGAUCUAUCCCAACAAAUACAAGAUGUACGAUGAACAAGUUUUGGCCGAGUACGCGAGGGAGUUGAGAGAUCCACAAACGCCCGCCUCUACGGAGUCUAGCAUCAGCAACGGCAGCACACCCAGCACCCCGUCCUCGACUUCGCGGUCCUUCCCGCCCGUGAGCCGCUACCUAAGCCCAGGCGACGUCGGACCAAGGCGCCGCCGGAGCACGACCGUCGCCACGGCUCCUUACCUCGACGAGUGGGUUGACAGUCACGUCGACGUCGUGGAAACGGGUAGCUAUCCCAGGAGGUUCUCGGGGAUUUCUGGUCCCCCGCCGUCGUGGCUCAACAGGCGAUGGAGAGAAGUUCCGAGAUUGGACCUCACGGUGCCGCCCAUUACGGCGGAGGAAGUCGAAUGCCUGUCGCCAAUGUAGAUUGGCCUCUUAACGGAUGCACGACUGAAUGAACAUGUCAUGGCGAGCGAGCAUGUCAUGGCUGGAAGAGCACGUCGCAUAAUAUGAAAUAAGCUAAUUACACUAGAUGGACGAGGAGUUUGGUGUUCUGGCGCAAAGACCCCUGCAAUUGGAGACAGAAUACGGAUUACACUACUAAUAAUUAGUUAUUCGGGCCCGGGUCCGGGGCGGUUGCGGGACAAACAGAGAGGAUCGGCGCCAAGAGCUAUAGCGUGCCCUCCUUCUAAUUACAUACAUACAUAGAAGAGUGUGCGGGGUCCCGCGGGGUAGUUUGUGUAGAUGGGUUAUUAGCUACCUACUUGUACGGAUUCUAGUUUGUGAGGAGCUUUUGAGUCAAACAGCACCC